AUGGUGGCUAACAUCGCCUGGCACAGUCGUCCAUAUUCGGCGAUUGAUAUUUCUGCAAACCUUCAUAAUAAGGUGACCAAAACGCAAGCCGCAAAGGUUCUCCGGGAUUUGCAUGAGAAGAAAGAGAUUGAAGGAAGAGUUUCUGGCAAACAGACAGUCUACCAUGCUCUACAAGACCCCUCGGAUAUUGCAACCCCGGAGGUAGCCGCGGCUCUCAAGCUUGACAUCGAAAGCCUCGAGAGUGAGAUUUCAAAUCUGAAGGCAAACGAAAAGAAGGCCCGAGCAGAGUUAGCAGCGCUGCAUGCAAAGCCCCGGAUAUCCGAUCUCCGACAGGACAUCAGCCGUCUUGAGAAUGAGGAAUCGACGAUCCAGGCUCGUUUAGCAAGUCGCCACAAGGGCGACCCCGUUCAAGUGUCACCAGAAGAAAGAGAAAAGCUCGAAAAAGAAUGGAAAUAUUGGCAACGGCACGCCAACGUGCGCCGUCGGAUCUGUCGCGAUCUCUGGGGACAAUGCUCUGAGGUACUUCCAGAGGACAUGACUGCGGCGGAGCUGUGGGUGAGUUUUGAGAAUGACGAAUGA